AUGGCGCAAUUCAACACCCGUAACUUGGACUGCGCUGAUGCCACCGUGCCAGCAUUGGGUCAUGAGCUGACAUUCAGCACAUUGACGGCCGUUUUCACUUCCGUUCCAUUUAUCUUCCAGGGUCCAUGUUUGGAGGCAGGGUCCGAUGCAUCCUUGGUAGAUGCCACGGAGUUGCCUAGGCUCUCGGAAUUCUCGGGUGGCGAAGGGGCCCCUCUCAGUGAUUUCCUUUUUUGGGAUGGGAAAAUGGAUGGGCCAUCUCAAACAGUUUGGAAGGGACCAGAACUUGGCUUGGUCUGUGGCUUUUCAGACUAUGCGAGCCGCUAUGGCUGCCUCUUGCAGAAGGCAAGCCAUUGGAUACUUGAACUGAGACAGCCAGGAGAAGUGACUGAGACACAGUUGCACACACUCAGCAUUUGUUGGCUUUUAUGCUGA